AGUACUUGGCGCAGUGGUUAUCAAACGUUUACGCACCGUGUACGGAGUAAGCUGAACCUAUUACAAAAUGAAAUUCUUCCUCGUCGCUUUUGCCGCUAUCCUGGCUUAUGCCAGCGCUGAUGUCUCUGAAUUGGGCUACAGCUAUCAGGAACCCGCACCUGUGUCAUUCAAUGUCCCAGCUCCCGCUCCCGCACCAGUUGCCCAACCUGAUCGAACCUACGUGCCGCCAGCACCAGUUCAUGUGCCAGCUCCAGCCCCUGCUCCAGUCCAUGUCCCAGCUCCCGCUCCAGUCCAUAUCCCAGCCCCAGCCCCAGCUCCAGUUCAUUUCCAUGCCCCAGCUCCAGCUCCAGCUCCAGUACAUGAAGCAGCCCCAGCUCCAGCUCCAGUUCAUGUCCCAGCUCCAGUUUACAUCCCAGCUCCAGCACCAGCACCUGCUCCAGUUCAUGUUCCAGCCCCCGCUCCAGUUCAUUUCCAUGCCCCAGCUCCAGCUCCAGUACAUGUCUCAGCUCCAGCUCCAGUUCAUGUCCCAGCUCCAGUUUAUAUUCCAGCUCCAGCUCCUGCCCCAGCUCCAGCUCCAGUGCAAUUUGUUGCCCCUGCUCCAAUUGCUCCAACUGAGCAAAUCGAACAUCACGCCGAUGAUGGUUACCGCUACAAGACGGUCCGCCGUCGCGUUUACAGACGCCGUUAUUAAUUUUGUUUUAUUUGGAUUGAUGAUGAUAAUUCUAUACGGAGAAACAAAAGAUACACUUAACGAUUAAAGAAAAAAUAUAGUUCUAAUAGAAAAAA